CAUCGAUUCCCUUGUUUAAGAGCUCAUAACAUAUUAUCGUCAAAAAGUCAAAAUUAAUGCAAUUUUUGAUAUCAGAGAUCCUUUUCACCCUUUACUAACUCUAACUACUACCGCCGCCGCCACCGGUUCGUUUCCGCCACCAUCUUCUGCCACCGGUGAAUCAGUCAAACAUAUGGCGGAAGAAGCAGUGCUAGGGUUUCUGGAGAAGAAUGAAGAGAUAAAAGAUUCAGGCGAGUUCGCUGUGGAGAAAGGAAUCAGUCAUGAAGAGAUUGUUAAUGUCAUUAAGAGCCUCAAUGGCUUUCGAUUUGUUGAUGCUCAGGAUAUUAAAAAGGAGAGAUGGCAACUAACUGCUGAAGGCAAAACUUAUGCUGCUAAUGGAUCUCCAGAAUUCCAACUAUUCAUGGCGGUCCCACCAGAGGGUAUUUCACGGGUAGAACUGCAGAAAAAGCUGGGAGACCCAGGUUUCAAAAUAGGCUGCCAGCAAGCGAUAAAAAAUAAAUGGGUGGAGAUGGGGAAGUCACAAGUCUCUAGAAAGGUUGCACAUGUUGAUGAUAGUGUGAAGGAUAUGCUUGUAAAGAUAAACAACGGAGAGGCCCCCAACCAAGAGGGUAUCGAUGCUCUGAAGCGAAGAAAACUUAUUUCUCCUCAGGUAUGGAAAGGCUACUCUGUUAAGAAAGGUCCUAAUUAUGCACCAAAAAGAAGGAAGCCUGCCACCGAUUUAACAAGAGAAAAUCUGCAAAGUGGCGAGUGGAAGGACUUGCAGUUUAAAGAGUAUAAUUUUCUCGCUAAAGGUUUUCCAAUUGAAGGCGGUUACCUCCAUCCUUUACUUAAGGUGAGGCGACAAAUGCAGAUGAUUUUUCUUCAAAUGGGAUUUGAGGAGAUGCCUACAAAUAAUUAUGUUGAAAGCAGCUUCUGGAAUUUUGAUGCACUUUUCCAACCGCAACAGCACCCUGCCCGUGAUUCACACGAUACAUUUUUCUUAAAAGAACCUUCUACCACAAAAACGCUUCCGGAAGAUUAUGUUGAGAGAGUAAAGCAGAUUCAUGAGUCUGGAGGUCAUGGAUCAAGAGGGUAUGGGUAUGACUGGAAAAGAGAGGAAGCAAAUAAAAACUUAUUACGAACUCAUACAACUGCGGUUUCCUCAAGGAUGCUGUACGCACUUGCAAAGAAACCUUUCGAAGCCAAAAGGUACUAUAGUAUUGAUCGGGUCUUCAGAAAUGAGGCUGUUGACCGGACCCACCUGGCUGAGUUUCAUCAAAUAGAAGGGUUAAUAUGUGAUCGUGGACUAAGUCUCGGGGAUUUGCAAGGCGUCCUGCAUGACUUCUUCUCCCGUUUGGGAAUGUCCAAGUUGCGUUUCAAGCCUGCUUACAAUCCGUACACUGAGCCGAGCAUGGAAAUAUUCGGUUAUCAUGAAGGCUUAAAGAAAUGGGUUGAGGUAGGAAAUUCUGGAAUGUUCAGACCUGAAAUGUUACUUCCUAUGGGACUUCCGGAGGAUGUUACAGUUAUUGCUUGGGGUCUUUCCCUUGAACGGCCAACUAUGAUACUUUAUGGCAUUGAUAACAUCCGAGAUCUCUUCGGUCACAAGGUGGAUCUUGGCCUCAUUAAGAGUAACCCUAUAUGUCGUAUUGGCUUAUAAUACAAAUACUAGGAUGAAUGGCCGGUUAAUAUAUGUCCCCCUUGAAUAUUGGUACCCUUGAUUUUCAUUGACAUAGAAUACAUGAUCAUUCUAGUUGUUGAAGACAAAAACUGGAUGCAUAGUCUUGUUAUGUUUUCUUUUUGGUAUUUCAAAAACAUUUUUUUUGUAAGACUAGAUCCUUGAUUUGUUGUGUCAUUAGACAUUCUGCAAGUGUAUUCAUAUACUUGCAUCACAAGUUGAAUUUUGAUUUGCCAUUAAUUAGUGUUGGUUGUGCUA